CGAUAAACGAUCUCUUACUCUUUGAUGAUCCUCAUCAAUAAAAAAAUGCCAAUUUUAUUUUGGGUUUUUUGCGUUUGCACAAAAAAAUUGACUUUGAAUUUGGGUAGAAUUUGAUUGAAGCAGAUUCUGGGUUGAUUCGUUUUUAGUACAAGACAUUGAUUUUGUCAAAGUUGCCUUCUUAUUUAAAAAAAAAAAAAAUUGAUUUUGUAAGAUUCUUAGAUUAUAUCCCAAAUUUUGAAGAAAGGAUAAAUCUUUUUUUUUUCUUAAGAUUCUUGUGUUGCUGCAAUUUCGUGAUUAAGUCGUUUCGUGUAUCCGUUAAAAGCAGAGAUAAAUCGUGUUUUAGAUCUUACUCUGUUCUAAGUUUUCUCAGGUGAAAGAAUAUAAGCUGCAUUGAGUAUGAGCAAGACUAGGGGUUGGUUUAACAAGAUCUUCAAAGGCUCUAACCAGAGGCUCCCCGUGGGGACUGAGCAUUAUCAAAAUGGUUAUUACGACAAUUAUCCCAAUGUGCAUUCUGAGCCAAGUGCAGAUACAGAUGCUGAUCCUAAGCAGGAACCAUCUACUUCUGAGGAUACAUGGAAUGACCAGGAAAAUGAAGAAAUAGACCGUGCAAUUGCAUUGUCUCUUCUAGAAGAGAAUCAAGGACCAGAGACAAAUACAGGCGCCGGGAAAUACGCAAUGGUGGAUGAAGAUGAGCAACUUGCUAGAGCCAUAGAAGAAAGUAUGAUAGUUAGGAAUGGAAGUAAUUUUGAUAUUGGUAAUGCAUAUGGUGGGGCUGGAGAUUUCUACGGGAGUGGACAUAUGCAUGGAGGAGGAAAUGUAUAUGCGAAUGGAGAUAUUUACUAUCCAAGACCUAUUGCUUUUUCAACGGACUUCAGGAUAUGUGCUGGCUGCAAUAUGGAGAUUGGUCAUGGAAGAUAUCUGAAUUGCCUCAAUGCACUAUGGCAUCCACAAUGUUUUCGAUGUUACGGUUGCAGUCACCCGAUCUCUGAGUGCGAGUUCUCAACGUCUGGGAACUACCCUUUUCACAAAGCUUGUUACAGGGAGAGAUAUCAUCCAAAAUGUGAUGUCUGCAGCUUCUUUAUUCCAACAAACCAUGCUGGUCUAAUUGAAUAUAGGGCACAUCCCUUUUGGGUCCAGAAGUAUUGCCCUUCUCACGAACACGAUGCUACUCCUAGAUGUUGCAGUUGUGAAAGAAUGGAACCACGGAACACAGCAUAUGUUGAACUUAACGAUGGACGGAAACUUUGCCUAGAGUGUCUAGACUCUGCAGUGAUGGACACUUUUCAAUGCCAACCUCUGUACUUGCAGAUACAAGAAUUCUAUGAAGGACUUAACAUGAAGGUUGAGCAGGAUGUGCCACUUCUCUUAGUUGAGAGACAAGCACUUAAUGAAGCCAGAGAAGGUGAAAAGAAUGGACACUAUCACAUGCCAGAGACAAGAGGACUCUGUCUUUCAGAAGAGCAAACUGUUAGCACUGUAAGAAAGAGAUCAAAGCAUGGCACAGGAAAGUGGGCUGGGAACAUGAUUACAGAGCGUUUCAAGCUAACACGUCGUUGCGAGGUUACUGCCAUUCUCAUUUUAUUUGGGCUCCCAAGGCUACUCACUGGUUCAAUUCUAGCUCAUGAGAUGAUGCACGCGUGGAUGCGGCUCAAAGGUUUCCGGACACUGAGCCAAGAUGUUGAAGAAGGAAUAUGUCAAGUGAUGGCUCAUAAGUGGUUAGAAGCAGAGUUAGCUACUGGUUCAAGUAACAGCAACGCUGCAUCAUCUUCAUCUUCUUCUAGAGGAGUCAAGAAGGGACCAAGAUCACAGUACGAGAGGAAGCUUGGUGAGUUUUUCAAGCACCAGAUAGAGUCUGAUGCUUCUCCGGUUUAUGGAGAUGGGUUUAGGGCUGGGAGGUUAGCGGUUCACAAGUAUGGUUUGGUAAAAACACUUGAGCAUAUACAGAUGACUGGGAGAUUCCCGGUUUAAGAACUCAAAAGUCUUUUACUUUUUCUAUUGUUUUUUUGAAAUUAAAUUAUAGGAUUCCUUUUGGUAGAUUGGUAUUAUAUGCUCUUAUUCUUUUGUGAAAAUAUGAAAUUUCUCGACCAUACUCUCAUGUGAUUGUAUUUAUAGUGUAAUUAUUCAUUG